AUGUAUAUAAAGCAGAUUGUAAUCGAAGGGUUUAAGAGCUACAAAGAGCAAAUUGCUACUGAACCUUUUAGCCCUAAAGUCAACUGUAUUGUUGGUGCAAAUGGCUCUGGGAAGUCUAAUUUUUUCCAUGCGAUUCGGUUUGUCAUCAGUGACCUCUUCCAUAACCUGAGAGUAGAAGAAAGGCAUGCUUUACUUCACGAAGGAGCUGGACACCAGCUUCAAUCUGCUUUUGUGGAGAUUGUGUUUGACAACUCUGACAAUCGCAUCCCGGUUGAUAAAGAGGAAGUGCGGUUGAGGAGAACUAUUGGCCUUAAGAAGGAUGAAUACUUUUUGGAUGGCAAACACAUCACAAAGACUGAAGUGAUGAAUUUGCUGGAAAGUGCUGGGUUUUCUCGAUCAAAUCCUUACUAUGUGGUGCAGCAGGGGAAAAUAGCAUCAUUGACAUUGAUGAAGGAUCCUGAACGGCUUGAUUUGUUGAAGGAAAUUGGUGGGACACGAGUUUAUGAAGAGAGACGCCGAGAAAGUUUGAAAAUUAUGCAAGAAACUGGUAACAAAAGGAAGCAAAUAAUUGAAGUUGUAAAGUACUUGGAUGAAAGGCUCAGAGAACUGGAUGAAGAAAAAGAAGAACUAAAACAAUAUCAGCAAUUAGACAAGCAGCGGAAAUCUCUGGAAUACACAAUAUUUGACAAAGAACUUCAUGAUGCAAGGCAGAAACUGAUAGAGAUAGAGAAUUCUCGUAAUCGGGUUUCAGAAAAAUCCAACAAGAUGUAUAACAGUGUGUUGGAUGCCCAUGAGAAGUCUAAGGAGCUAGAAAGAGAUCACAAAGAUCUAACAAAAGAGAUUCAGAUUUUAGCCAAAGAGAAAGAAGCUGUGGAAAAGCAACGCACUGAAGCCAUUCAACAGCGUGCAAAGCUUGAGCUAGAUGAAAAAGACCUACAAGAUAAAAUAUCAGCCAAUAAGAAGGCAGAGGAAGAGGCGGCAAAACAGCUUAAGCUUCUGGAGAAAGAAAUUGAUGAAUCAACUAAUGAACUGAACAGUAUAAAGCCUCUCUAUGAAAGUCAAGUCAGAGAGGAGGAGGAGAUAACAAGAGGAAUUAUGGAACGUGAAAAGCAGCUUAGCAUUCUAUAUCAGAAACAAGGGCGUGCUACCCAAUUUGCUAAUAAAGCUGCUCGUGAUAAAUGGCUUCAGAAAGAAAUUGAAGAGUAUGACAGAGUUCUGGCUUCAAACUUAACACAGGAGAGGAAACUGAGGGAUGAAAUUGAUCAGCUAAAAAAAGAUCUGGAGAUGCAGGAUAGCUAUUUAUCCGGUCGGAAAAAUGAAGCAACUGCAUUAAAAACUCUCAUGGAUGGAUAUGGAGAUGUUGUCCGUGAAUUCAGAAAAAAGAGAGAUACUUUGCAUUCUGAGAGGAAGUCUUUAUGGGAAAAGGAAGCUGAACUCUCUUCAGAAAUUGAGCGGCUUCAGUCAGAAGUGGUAAAGGCAGAGAAAAGCCUAGAUCAUGCUACUCCAGGUGAUAUUAGGAGGGGAUUGAACUCGGUGAAGGGGAUAAUAAAGCAACAUAGAAUAUCUGGUGUACUUGGGCCCAUUUUUGAGCUACUUGAAUGUGAUGAGAAAUUUUUCACUGCUGUCGAAGUUACUGCUGGAAACAGUUUAUUUCAUGUGGUGGUCGAAAAUGAUGAGAUAUCAACCCAAAUUAUCAAGCAUCUUAAUAAUCAAAGAGGAGGGCGGGUUACAUUCAUUCCUUUGAACAGGGUCAAAGCUCCACAUGUUAAUUACCCGCAAAGCUCUGAUGUCAUACCACUUCUGAAAAAAUUGAGAUUUUCUCGUGACCAUGCGCCGGCCUUUGCUCAGGUGUUUGCAAGGACUGUUAUUUGUCGAGAUUUGGAUGUUGCUACAAGGGUUGCUCGAACUGACGGAUUGGACUGUAUAACUUUGGAAGGGGAUCAGGUGAGCAAGAAAGGUGGCAUGACCGGAGGGUUCUAUGACUACCGCCGUUCUAGAUUGAAAUUUAUGAACCAGAAAAUCAAUGAACUUGUUUCUGAGCAGCAGAAGAAUGAUGCCAAGCUGGCUCAUGAUGAAUCAGAACUUGAACAACUGAGGCAGGAUUUGGCAAAUGCAGAUAAACAAAAACAUUCCAUUUUAAAAUCUCUCGAGAAGAAGGAAAAGUUGCUUUCAAAUGUUUUGACUCAAGUUGAUCAGCUCAAGGCCAGCAUUUCUAUGAAACAAGAUGAGAUGGGUACUGAACUCGUUGAUCACUUGACGCAAGAGGAGAGAGAUUCCCUUUCUAGGCUAAACCCUGAGAUAACAGCUCUUAAGGAAAAGCUAAAUACCUACAGAUCCAAUCGAAUUGAGACGGAAACAAGAAAGGCUGAGCUUGAGAUGAAUCUCUCAACGAAUUUAGUGAGGCGGAAGCAAGAGUUGGAGGCAACAAAAAUGUCUGCAGAUGUUAAGGUGUUGCGCAGUAAACAUGAUGUGAUUAUCCAAGAACUGGCGGAAGCCAAUGAUCUGGUUGAAAAUUUAACACAGCAGCUAAAGAGAGUUUCUCAAAGUAUAGAUGAACGGAAUAAGAAAAUUAAAGAGAUCAAAGCUGAAAAAGAUCGGAAAAAGGCUUUGGAAGAUGAAUACGAGAGUACUCUCCAAGAUGAAGCUAAAGAGCUAGAACAGCUAUUGAGUAAAAGAAACACAUUGCUUGCCAAACAAGAAGAAUACUCCAAGAAAAUACGGGAAUUGGGUCCUUUAUCUUCAGAUGCUUUUGAGAGGUAUAAGAGGAAGAGUAUGAAAGAGUUGUAUAAGAUGCUUCACAAUUGCAAUGAACAACUGCAAAAGUUCAGCCAUGUGAAUAAAAAAGCACUCGACCAGUAUGUUAAUUUCACAGAGCAACGGGAGGAGCUCCAAAGACGGCAAGCUGAACUGGAUUCAGGCGAUGAAAAAAUUAAAGAACUUAUAAAAGUAUUGGAUAUGAGAAAGGAUGAAUCAAUAGAGCGUACAUUCAAAGGUGUGGCUAAGCAUUUCCGAGAAGUUUUCUCUGAGCUGGUUCAAGGAGGCCAUGGGUUUUUGAUUAUGAUGAAGAAAAAGGAUGGUGAUGAAGAUGACGCUGAUAGUGACGAGGAAGGACAACGUGCAGCUGAUGCGGAGGGUAGAGUUGAAAAAUAUGUUGGUGUCAAAGUGAAGGUGUCUUUUACUGGGCAAGGUGAGACCCAAUCAAUGAAACAAUUAUCCGGAGGACAAAAAACCGUUGUUGCACUGGCACUGAUCUUUGCUAUACAACGUUGUGAUCCUGCCCCCUUUUAUCUCUUUGAUGAGAUAGAUGCUGCCCUGGAUCCUCAAUACAGGACAGCUGUUGGGAGUAUCCUCUUUUACAGCAUUAAUCAAACAUUUCCUGAUACUGUGAAUUGUGUUUUGCUUGUUAAUUUGUUAUGA